GGUGGGUGACACUUGUACAAUGAUGUGGAUCUAAACAAUUUUAUGGGUAUGGGUAUUGAAUCCUUUCUUCGUUAUUAGUUGCAUAUUUUGAUUGUGAAAGGGAAGAUGGGGGAUGGUAGACGCGAUGGCUUUUUGAUAAAAUAUUGUUUAAGUUGUGUUUCAGCUGCAGUCGCGGAAUCGGUGACUUUUCCAUUGGACAUUACAAAGACACGUCUUCAAAUUCAGGGAGAAAAGACAUCAAUGGUCACAAAUGGGAAGCAACAACCUUACAGAGGAAUGGUAAAAACAGCUUAUGGAAUUGUAAAAGAAGAAGGUUUUCUUUCGUUAUGGCGAGGCAUUCGUCCAGCAGUGCUAAGACAUUUAGUUUACUCUGGAUCACGAAUGGCUGCAUAUGAGAUGAUUCGUGAAAAAGUUUUGUUAAGAAAUGAUAAUGGUUCUUUUCCUCUUUGGAAGUCAAUAAUUGGAGGUAUUAGCUCAGGUGCCAUCGGUCAAUUUCUGGCUAGUCCAACAGAUCUUGUUAAAGUUCAAAUGCAAAUGGAAGGAAGACGUAUUCUUGAAGGAAAACCACCAAGAUACCGUGGAACGGCUCAUGCGUUUUCAAGUAUUGUUAAGCAGAAUGGUGUGAGGGGACUGUGGCGAGGAUGGCUUCCUAAUGUACAAAGAGCUGCUUUAGUUAAUCUUGGAGAUUUAACGACUUACGAUUCUGUGAAACAGAUCCUAAUCAGUAAUACAGAUCUUGAGGACACGGCUAUAACCCAUAUGUUGUCAAGUAUAUCGGCUGGUUUGGUUGCUGCAACAAUGGGAACACCAGCUGACGUCAUCAAAACUAGAAUCAUGAAUAAUCCUUCGACGUAUAAAGGAGUGAUCGAUUGCUUUAUGACUGCUGUAAAAGAAGAGGGUUUUUUUGCACUGUACAAAGGAUUUAUUCCGACUUGGAGUAGAAUGGCACCAUGGUCGAUGACUUUCUGGUUGGUUCACGAACAGAUCCGUAAAUUAACUGGAAUAUCAGGAUUUUGACCUUCAUAUUUUAUCUCAUUUCCCAUUCAUUAAAUGAAUGAGAAAUGAGACAAGAAUGAGCAAGACACAGUCAAUGAAUUAAUUCAAAUUUAUAUUUUUGCAGUGAAUGCAUGAAUGCGCAAACACUUUGGUGACCAAUCAUCAAUCUUUGCAUGCGAAGAAAAUUUAUAAUUAUUAAAUUUAAAUGUGGUAGAACAGAAUUUCAAAUAUAUUUGUGAGCAGCCAAACGUUUCGUGUUGCUCAAAGUGUGA